AUGUUCAACAACGGCUACAAGAACGAGGAAGAGCUCGCAGCACUCCGCAGACGCAAACGCGGUGGCAGGCUCGAGCGCUAUCACCGACGCCAGAAUGCCCUCAUCGCUUCGCUCCUCAAGCCCAUGGAGGAGCACACCGAAGAUGCGCGAAUCGAAGAAGACGCCGCGCGUUUGCCAGUAAAAAUCGCCGUGCGGGCAAGCUUAAUAGCAAACUUUGCGCUCUGUAUCUUACAAAUGUACGCUGCCGUAUCUUCCGCUUCGCUUUCCCUCCUUGCGACCGGCAUCGACUCGGUCUUCGACAUCGGAAGUAACGUCCUGCUUUAUUGGCUACACCGAAAAGCAAAUGCCAUGGACGAGAAAAAGUGGCCCGUUGGUGGCGCACGGCUCGAGACCAUCGGAAACUCAUCCGUUCCAAACAGGAUGGGCUCGGUAAACCUGGUUGUUAUCGUCGAGUCCGCGAGGGGGCUCAUCACACAUGGCGACGGUGACCUGAAUCAGCUUCAUCUAACUUCUCUAAUAGCAGUCGCGGCCGCCCUGGGCGUCAAAUUUCUGUUGUUCUUAUAUUGUUACUCGCUCCGCACAAAGUCUAGUCAAGUUUUGGUCCUUUGGGAGGACCAUCGUAAUGAUCUGUUCAUCAACUCUUUCGGAUUGCUCAUGUCCGCGGGUGGCAGUAAAUUGAAAUGGUUUUUGGACCCUAUGGGAGCAAUCAUCAUCGCGCUUGGAGUCAUCAUUGCGUGGGGCCGCACGAUACAUGGCCAGUUCGAGCUCCUCGCGGGCAAGUCGGCGCCGCACGACUUCAUUCAGCUCAUCAUCUACAAGGCCAUGAUCUUCAGUGAUGAUAUCGAAAAGAUAGACACCGUGCGGGCGUACCACGACUACUUUGUCGAGGUGGACAUCGUGAUGGACGCGCGGACUCCGCUCUGGAAAGCGCACGACAUCAGCCAGCAGCUGCAAGACAAGAUCGAAGUCCUUCCAAACGUCGAGCGCGCGUUCGUGCACGUGGAUCACGAGACGACACAUCCUCCGGAACACCGAAAGUUUAUAUGA